UUUAUUUGGAAUAUAUUGAAUCGUGACGGUAGAACUAGUAGAAUUUACAGCUAUAUGUGGUUCAAGUAUUCGGGCUUUUUCUAUGGAAGUUGAUAACAAAAAUACAGCAGUAAAGGAGGACUCUUGUUAUAUGGAAAACCGGGUUAUAUGCUGCAAGUAUUUACAAAAAUAACCCAGAAAAUAGUUUAAUUAUAGUGAGUAAUCUAGACCUAAAUAUCAAUUUUUAAAAAACGUAUUGUAGGUGGUAUAUUAUCUGUUGUUGAAAUAAUCUCGAGAGAAUUCGAUCUUACUAAUUAUUUAACCGUAGCAUCUGCUGCUGUGGUUACGUUCAAUAAGGAUGGUUACUACGACAGUUUUAUAUAAAAAUAUAACUAGCUUACACUUUCAAUAAAUGCAGUGAAGCAUCUAAAUUAUGUAUAUCAUAGCUUGUAAUGGAUUCACCCAAACCCAAAACUCAGUCUAUACUUCCAUUGUUUAUCUUACCAAUGUUUCAUGCCUGAAAGUUCGAUCCCAUGAAUUAGCGUAGUUUUUAUAUGUACCUGUAAAGAAUUUAACGUAAGUAAACUAUGAUAUAUCACUCCCUGUUUCUGUGAUGCGUUUAUUUCAUAUCCAUCCACUUUUGAUGAAACUUGAAAGGAUAUUGUCUGAAGUUGACGAUCUUGACUAUUUUUCCUUUAUUUAUCCAUUCGUACUACUACAUGUCUAGAUAAGGUGUUAACUAAACCAAUUGUUUUGACAUCUAUUUGGUUAGAUAGCCACUGAAUAUAUUGUGCAAUCUGACUUGAAGUGGUUUCUUUCACAAAUUCCUUAUUGUGUUUUAUUUCUAAGGUAGUUGUCUCGUUUUAAUACUCUAAAAUUUUUUUCCAAGAAAUUAUUUCUGCUUGUAAAAGUACUCAUUAAAUAUUUUCGACUCCUCACCUUUUUUCUAUUUAUAAACCACUUAGUGGAUCCAAUUAACUUUCAUUAUUUAUAAAAAUGUUUCACGAAGUAACUAGAUGUUAUUCCGUUUUGUACAUUGGAAUGCAAAAAUUGGCCGUGUUGAUUCGACUUGUAAAGUAUACAACUUUCAACUAGCUGGUCUCUAAGCUUUAUCGACAACUUCUACUCAAAGUCUCAACAUAAAUUUUCCUUUCUUACCUUAUUUUGUUUAUCUUUAAACCCAAACUAGUGUACUAACUGAAGUGGAUCACAAUAUUUCAUCAAAUUACUGUAAAUUCACAUGGAGAAUGUUUGGCCAGCGAAGUACAUUCUGUUUACACUCCCUGGCCAAAGUCUGAAGAAUUUUCGAAGUGUUCUCAUUGUUUAAACACUUAUUUCACAAUGUCUUCUUCUCGGCAUAUUUACUAUGUCGCUCGUGAAAUGUUUCCCGCCUGUCUUUUGGCAGGUGUUGGGAUGGUAGUUGCGGGAUGUUAUGUUGAUAUGCUGAAGUCCUCCGUAUGGCCAUCAUUAAUAAUUUACAUUUUUGUAGGGCACUUUAACUUCGAAAGAGGAAAGUAUUUUUGAGAUCAUUCCGCCAAUUCUUGGACUGAAAGGAAAUUUAGAAGUUGCUCUUUCCUCUCGAUUAGCUACUGUGGUUUGUUUGACAAAAUGUUUUCCUAGAACUUUUAGGUUCAUUUUCGAAGAAAGUUUAACGAACUAUCUUUCUGGUUGUUUACAACCACUCUGGCUUUUAUACUUGUUCUUGCUGUAUUUGCAAGCACAAUUAUACCUUUAGUGGUAAUAAUGUUACAUAAAUCAUCGAGCACAUCUCAUUUCCCUGUUGAUCUUGUUCAUCUUAUCUGCAUUUCAUCAAUGACUUGCAUUUGUGCCACGUGUUUUAUAGGUGUUGUUGUUUACGCAAUAGUAUGUGCUUGCGUCUUUUGUGGAGCGAAUCCUGAUAAUGUUGCUCCACCUGCAGCCGCUGCUUUGGGUGAUCUUGUGACUGUUUUGAUUAUUUCACAUGUGAACUAUUACUUUAUCGUGCAUCCAACCUUGACUGUCACCGUUGCCGUGUGCAUGAUUUCUGUGGUUCUUAUUUUGAGUAUAUCUUAUUUACUAUACCAUUCAAAUGUCAACGUAUCUGGUGAUCUUCGCAGUCUUAUUAUUACACUUAAUACUUUUAAAGAAACCAUCAUUCCUUUAACGCUUGCAAUUAUCAUGAGUAGCAUUUGUGGGAAUAUAUCCGCCCGAUUCCUGAUAGAUUGGCCCAUCAUUGCGCGCGUUCAAGUCCCAAUAAAUGGUGUGGGGGGGAUUUUUGCCUCAAUGUUAAUUAGCAGAAUGACAACACGCCUGCAUUCAAUAACUUGUUCAAAAAAGCCUCCUCUGAAGGAGUCGUUCAUUGUUUCUCCAACAUCUGGUCUAGUCACAGUUGAAAAAGUCAACCCUGUGAACUCUGAUAGAAAAUCUACAACUAAUAAUUCACAUUUCUACACAUCAUCUCAGUCGUUCGAAACAUUAGGAUCCUGUAGAAAAAUACGUGAAAUUCAUACCGAUGUUUCACAGGUAUCUAAACUUAUCAGGUUCCUGUGUGUCCCGUUACAUUUUACUUUAACUCUAGUCAGUUUCACUGUCAAUUAUUAUUUAAAACAGGAUAAUUCUCCAAAGAUCACAUCACCUCUGCAGUUUGAUAUUUUAAUUCCUUACCUCAUCGCUGGAUUCAUACAGAUAUGCAUACUUCUCGAGUUUGCGAAAUGGAUUGUUUUAAAACUUUGGAUAUAUUUACAUUUUACAAAACAAUUAAACUCUCAUGAUACUGUUAUAUCCUUAGCAUCAAUUGAUUUCUCCGCUAUAGCUGUCACUACCGGUGCAGGUGAUCUGAUUGGGACAAGUUUAUUCAUUCUAUUUCUAUCUAUUAGUAAAUGGAUUAUAAGUAGUUAAUUUUCUUUUCGUUUUUUUUUUUCGUGGUCGUCCUGUACAAUUAGUUCUUUGUUUUGUAUAUUUUGUUCUGUUUUUGUUGUAUAUAUGAAAAUAUUAUUCUUUUUCUUUCAUAUUACCAUGAUUGAUAUAACAGUUAUUUGGACGAAUUAAAUGUUCUAUACUUACAUAAUAUCUUAUAAUGUUUUUUACAUCAUGUCAGUAUAAUUUUUAGCAAUUUUUUCUACAUGUUUAUCUUAAUUUAGAGAAAAGUUUGAAGGGAUUAUUGUCACUAAAUAGUUGUAAUACGUGUGCUGUGUAUUUUGCUAAUAUUAUAAAGUUUAGAAGUUUAUAUUUUCAACUGGACCGUGAAUGGAUUUCGUGAUGGUAAUGGUUCUUUCCUUUGAUUAUUAGGAUUUGUUACUAUUCAAUUAUAAUGUUUCUGUUGAAAUUAUAAUCAUACAUUUGCUUGUAUUCUCUCCGCUUACAAAUAUUCCACUGUGUUUAUCUAUACCUGUGGAUCCGAUUCAAUCUAAAAAUUUUAGAAAUAUAAUUGAAUUAUGCAAAAAAUUUAUUAUUUCUGAUUAGAUGUAUAAACUAUGUUUCUCAGAUUAGCAUUGAACAACAACUUAUUCGAUUGUGAAAACUCAUUCAAUAAUUCUAUUAUUAUCAGAAGGAGUUCUCUGGAAGUUUUAGUAAUUUCAAUAGUUGAGAUCAUGAGUCAAUUGAAUUGGGGGGUGGGAUCGUGGAUGUGCACCGCAAUAGGACGAAACAACCGUCCAGUGUUUCCAGGUUUUCUAUGGUGGUCUAGCUCCAAUUGACUCAUGAUUUCAACUAUUGAAAUUCUAUUAUUAGUCAAUAAAUAAAAUAAGUAUUAGUUUAUGUACAUUAUUUCAUAUUGGUAAUUCGUAACUUGUGGUUAUUUUAUUUGAGAGAACUUGUUUUAAUUUUACGAAACUCUGUGUUUCAUCUAUUUAAUUUCUUUAUCUUCUUUACAAGUGUAGACAUGUUGAUGUAUAUUCGAUUAACUAUCUACUACGAUUGAACAUCUAACAGAGUAUGAGAGAAAAAAGAAUAUGUGGUUUCAAAAUGGACUGAUCUGUUCUGAGUGGC